CGUUUUCCAAGUUGGAGUGAGUAGGAUUAAGAUUUGUCGUUGAUUUGAGCCUUCUUCCCUCUUUUAUCUUGGCCCGAAGCCUGUCUUCCUAUCAACCCUCCUCCGUCCGCCGCCGCAGCAGCACCAAGGAUUCAUGGAGCCUCCCCCGCCAAAGAAACCUCGGUUCGUCUUACACCCACCACCACAACAAUCCCCUACCAUGAUUCCUCCCGUUCCAAACAUGCCUUCAUCGAUCUCUACGAUGCUCCCUCCCCUUCCUCCUCCCGCCAUUGACCCAAACCUCGUGUUCUACAAGACCCGACUGUGCCAGAAUUUUAGCACCAGGGGCGUCUGCCCCUACGGCCACCUCUGCAGGUUCGCCCACGGACCCGCCGACCUCCGCGAGCCGGUGCCCAACUGGCAGGAUAUCGCCGGGACGCACAAGACCAAAUUGUGCCGGAGCUUUGCCGCCGGUGCCUGCCCUUACGGCGACAGAUGCUUGUACUCGCACUCGCAUGCACGAGGGAGUGCCUCGGCCGUGAGACCGACGCUGCCUGCAGCGCCUGUAGCCAACGCCAGCCGAUCCAACGAGAGAUGCGUCUCCGCGCAUGGUUCUGCAGUGUUGAAGAAGACUCCGAUGAGCGUUGCGGAGGCAGCGAAGGAUUAUUCGGAAGAGGCUACGAGAAGCAGAACUCUUCCCAGAUCUGCAAACUCUCCGACCCACGUUGGGACAGGAACACCACCACCACCCAGCUCAGAACCAACAUUGAAGUGUUUCCCAAGGUUGCGGAGGAUAAAGAAGCUGAACCAUAUUUACGCAGACUGGAUCGAUUGAUAUCUCUCCCCACUUCGAAUGGGGACGUACAGUUGACGACGGAAAAAAUUUAGAUAUAUUUUUCUUUCUUUUUUAUGCAAUAUAGUUAGUUAUCUUAGGAUAAUUAAUUCAUAGUGAAUC